GGUAAAAUUACUGGCAACCUCAGGUGUCAUGAGGUACGACAUAACAUAUGGCAUUGAGGUUUUAGGAUCGUUAUCCAUUAACCUCGUUAACAUGGCCAUCUGUAAUACGAACAAAUUGUAAAAUUAUUGUGGUCCACUUACACGUCUGUACGUUGUUUCUUUCUGCUGCAAACCAGUGUCCAACAUCUGCAGUUCCUCUUCAGGGAACUGCUGACUUGACAGUCCGCAAUCGAAUUGGUGUGGAUGUUCGCGUUCACUGAACUUCGCUAGUAGCAGCUUUACAUUUGUACUCAAAUCAGUAAUGGCUGACGAUAUGUCCUGCCACAUUGUACUCAGGUCAGUAAUAGCUGAAAACAUGUUCUGCAUCAUUGUAUACAGCCUGUCAAAUCUGAAAAUCUUCACUUGAUCGUACAGGUGACUUACUGGGUCGCUGAAGCACAGCCUACACGCUUAAAUUACAAUGUUAAUGUAUCUAGUUGUGUCGAACUACUUCAUUAACAUCUAAAUAGUAAUGGAACGUGAUUGGCGAGGCGACCCUGUCAAACAACCGAGAUUUCGGAUAUUGUACGUAGCUAUUUCCAGCCUUAAUCUCGGCCACAUCCAUGUCUACUGAAUUGUAAAGAAAUCCUUCUUUAUGCUUCAAUGCACCUCUAGGAAAUGUUAGUAAGAUUAUUGUACUGACCUCUUGGGCUUCUAAUUGUUGAGUGGCAAGAUUUUUUCCUCCGUUGAAGUAUUUUUACAGUGAAGUUCCAUCAUUUGAAGAAAAACUAACAUGUUCUUUGCAGACUGCAGACCAUCUAUAGUAAACUAUAGUUUUUAUGUUUGUUGCUCGUGAAUGACUUUACAACCUGCCUUACCAUUGUGAUUAACCAUGUACCUAACAGCAGAACCAAUUAAUUUGUUCGAAACUGACUUUAAAAGUCACUACACAUCAAAGCAACAUGGUGAAGUGUUUGCAAUCAGAAAUAAAACUAUGACGUUCAUAGCUGUAAUGACAAACAGAAUAGUUAUGAAAAUUUAUUUUAUCUUUAUAAAACAGCACCUCCUGUGACGUAUACUAUUUAAUGUGUUUCAAGUGUCCCAACACGCGUCACUCGACAUGGUUAUUUGCAUAGCUCAUCUUUGAACCUCAACGUUUUUUCUACUUCAAAGGCCCACCGUUUUCCCGAUAGGUAUGACUCAUUUCAUCACUAUAUUUCUUGAUGUCAGUAAUUAGAUUGUAUUUCUAAUCUUAUUCCAUUUUGGUAGCUCAUAACUUCUGUCUUGUUAAAGCAAAUGAAACUAAAUGGAUAAAAACUAAAAUUCUCUUUUUAGGUAACAUUCUAUCUGAAAUGAAACUGGAUAUCAGAGACAGUAAAUCUGAUGUUGGACGAAGUGCUUGUGACAUAAUCAAGGCUAUCCUUUUAGACUCAACUAAGGAUAACCGUAUUGUUACAAUCGGUUUAUCUGGUGGGAGUAUGCCUCAUCUCCUUGCACCACACCUCUGCUCUUUCUCGGAAAUCAAUUGGGAACUAGUUCAUUUCUUUUAUUGCGAUGAAAGACUAGUUCCAUUAGAUAGUGAAGAUUCAAAUCAUCAUUGCUACCAAGAACUACUCUACUCUAAAAUUAACAUUCCAUCCUCAAAUAUUCAUACUGUUAAUACAACAUUAUCUUUAGAAGAUUCAGCUGCUGAUUAUCAAAAACAGCUCUUAUCAUUCUUUGGAACAGCUAACGGUUAUCCACGUUUCGACCUACUGCUUCUUGGUAUGGGUCCAGAUGGUCAUACAUGCUCCUUAUUCCCUGAUCACAAAUUGCUCUAUUAUGAAGAUUAUGUGGUAGCAUCGAUUUCUGACAGUCCGAAACCACCACCACAAAGGGUUACUUUGACUUUGCCUGUAAUUAAUAAAGCAGCAAAAGUUGUGUUCAUGGUCACAGGAUCAGAUAAAGCUCAUGCAUUAAAGUCUGUUCACCAAUCACCUAAUCCAGGUCCUUCUAUGCCGUGUUCAUUAAUUCAUCCAGUUUAUGGAGAACUAAUAUGGAUUGUAGAUAAAGCUGCUGCCAGUUUAUUGAAUACAUAAAUCAACUGUAUUGUUGUCAAUAUAUUUCAUUACAUGUUUACUUCCUACCAUAAUCUUCGAAUUACAUUACUUGAAUAAAGCUCAGAACAACAAUUAAGACAGAAUAAUAUAAAAUUCAUUCUAUUUUG